AGUCGUCAGUCCGUGCGAGCGCUCGUCGUCGAGUGGUAUUCGCGUAGAGUAUUUGAGUGAAGGUGCAUGGAACCCAGGAUUUAAAAACACUCUGAAUGUGCCGUGCUCUGUGACGAUGCUCGCGUAGAAAUAGACUCAAAAUGGCGACGAUCUGUUUCCGACCUCCACCUUUACCCCCAAACAAGAAGUCCCAACUGAACAUCAAUCGUUAUCGCAAACAAAACAACGGUCUCCUGUCUUCGACAUAUCUCAGCUUUCGAGAUCCGGCGGAAGACGAAAUCUUACACGUCGAGGAGAUCGAGCUGAAGAACUUAAAGUGCAAAAACUCGAACAAAAAGUGCAAAAAAGUGGUGCAUACUAACUCGCUGAGUCGUUGCAAGGAUACGAAAACCAUGCUGAUAAGGAGCCACUCGGAUGGAAACCUGAACAAGAAGGAGCCUAUCGCUCCCAUGACGAUCAAUAGAUACAUCAAGGUGUUGAGCGGAAGCUGGAAGAAUUUGCUCAAUUUAGGCGGCAUGUCCCGGCCACCAAAGCCGGCGGCUACCGCCAAGAAGGUCGCCCCGCCUGCGGUACCGCACGAAUUCCGCCAUUCGGGGAGCUCGUUUGGGUCGGCAGGAUAUGCGUCUUCGGAGGAUGCGGGGUUUCUGGCACCGUCUGACCCACCUGGAGUACCCAGAGAUGACCAUUCAGAUUAUGGAAGCACGGUUAGCAGCAGUACGGGGAAGUCACCUGGACCCAUUUUUCCGGCACCCACGUUCACGUUUCCGGGACAGCCACCCCCCGGCGGCGUUCUCACACAUAAGGCGGCGGUUUACUACCACCACCAACUUAGCUUACAGGAGGAUCAGGGUAUAGACAUGACACAAUCUCCGGGGAGAGACAGUCCAGGUUCGUCGAGCGGUAGCGCUGGCUCCGGUUCGCGACACAGCACGGCGUCCUUGGACAGCGGCAGGGCGUCCUACCAUCCGCUAAGUACAGCAGGUAGAAGUACUAUAGGGUCUUCAAAUAGUCCACGAUGUUCCUUAAGCUCUUGUUCGAUAGGAUCCGAACACGGCAGAAUCGAACGAAUGAUUCAUCAAGGAGUUCCUGACCAAGAAAUUAUUCAUGCAUGGCUGGUAGACUUACAAUACGACGAAUACUUCCCGUUGUUUGUGGGCGCCGGCUACGACCUACCGACAAUAGGUCGGAUGACACCAGAAGACCUAACAGCCAUAGGAAUCAAAAAGCCGAAUCAUCGAAAGCGGCUCAAAGCUGAAAUCGCUCAGCUAAAUCUGCCCGACAACUUACCGGAAUUCAUACCUGGAUCGCUGGAAGAGUGGUUGCAGUUGCUGAGGUUAGAAGAGUAUCUUCCGGCUUUUUUGGAUCAGGGUUAUCAGACUGUGGACGAUGUGACGCAAUUGACAUGGGAGGACUUAGAAGAAUUUGGAAUUGUUAAGUUAGGGCAUCAGAAGAAAAUUAUGCUAGCUAUUAAAAGAGUGAAAGAUAUUAGGGCGGGGAAGAGAAUAAACACAGAUUCGAAUAGAAUCUACGCUACACAGGACGUGAUGGUGCACGCACCCUUGGGCCCACCAUCGCCUGGCGUCCCCGCAGUCCACAGCACUUUCCGUUCUUUCCAUCAGCCCUGGGAGAUCGACCAGACUCGUCAACUGGCCGCCGGCACACACUACGUGCAACAAAUGUAUUGCACUGACAUAGUUCCCAUCAAGAUCCGAACAGGUCGAGGAAAAUCUUUAGAAUCUCUAGAAGACCCCACCGAGCGAACCCACCACACCUUCACCGGCGACAGCACCCAGACCUUCUACUACCAGCAGCCCAUCGGUUGGCGGACGCGGUCCUACGACGACGGCGACAUAACCCCGACGAACGAAACCGCCCUGCUGUACGAAGGCGGCGGCACUCUUCCAAGGCCUCGCGGGGUCAUCCGGCCCCGGCCCAUCGCCAAGAUAACGGCAAAAGCCAGAGAGACCUUCCCCGACUUCGAGAAACCCCAGUUCAAUCCGGAAAAGUACUCCAACCCGCAGUACAAAACGCUGCCGAGGGAGCUGAUCGACACGAGUAAAUACCACAUACAGUACAGUCCCAUGAUGGGUAAGAAGAUUCCGCCGAAUCCGCCGAAGAGACAAGAUAGUGAAGGGAACGAACAGACGACUACUGUUGAGAUACACCACGUCCAGACGUCUAGUCCUUUGCCGCUUCCCGCCUACCCCAGCUCAGAUAGUCUUAGCAUAUCGUUGGAUAACCAAGGGGAUCUGCCGCUGCCGCCGCCCCCGGCCCCAGGGACUCCGCCCGGAAGCGUGCAAUCCAAGAUGAAUUCGUCGCAGUCGUGGGGCGCUGAAGAACAGGAGUUGAUCAAGACUUUGGCGCUGCAGCACAGAAACGGAUCCGAUGCAAGUUUUAAAUCGAGUUCCAGUACAGAGUCAGAUUCGCUGCCAUUUGCCAAUGAAAACGCCGGAACAAUUCGAACUCGCGCAGGCGGCAACAACCGGCCAGCGGAUUACUCAUCGCCGGCAAAACCGCGCUCCGGCCUGCCGCCCCAUCCGUCCCCGACGCCCAACCGACAACCAAGUGCCAGAAAUCAGAGAUCCGAACCUGCCGAUGUUCUUAAUGAUAUAGGUAACAUGCUCGCCAACUUAACUGACGAAUUAGACGCGAUGUUGGAAGAAGAGAAAAGGCAACAGUAACUGGAAGAAUAAGACUGAGCCUCUUUUUUCUAAUUUUAGUUGUCGAAAGCCUCGACCACGAAAACGACCCCUGCGGGGUCGCGUUCGUUGUUAACGUGUUUAUUUUAUAGAACUGACUAUUUAGUAGUAAUUUUCCGUUACUAGUUUCCUAAGUUAUUGUGUAAAUAGAAUUCCUUAUUUCCGAUUACAAACAAAGUUUGUAAAUAUUUUUAGAUAGAAUUUUUAUAUUGUAAAGAUUGUAAAACUCAUUUUUCUUAAGGUGUAAUUCUAGCUUUCGCUCGUAUUUCAGCUGGUACUGUUCGCCUAAUUUCUAUUUCGAUUUGAUAGACGGGGUUGGUCCCGAACGAGGUGUCCAGGGGGUGAUUCUUUUACUUUUUCGAUUGAGUCUGGCAAAAAUGUAACCUUCCGAAUGAGGCAAUACUUUUUAAGCAAUUAGUCAUGAGUUGGGGAGUAUAUAUAAAUCAAAAAUGUUAUAUUCGGUUGCUAUAUUGCGUGUUUGAUUUAUCAGUAUGUGUUUGUUGAAUGUAAAUAGAUAGAUCUUGUACUGAAGACAUCAAAUAGGAAAGCAAGUAAUAACUAUCAAAUUAGAAAAUAAUUUUGUACAAAGCCAUCAUUUUAGUAUACGGAAAUAGCGACUUAGUCUAAAUCAGUUUUGGUGUUUUAAUACCUUUACACCAAUUUGCAAUGUUAGUCUCAUUUGUUAAAACAAAUGGUUAAAAAAGACUGGUAGAUCGAUUACAAAAUUUUCAAUUUAUUGUCAUGUAUUUUGUGCCAUAUCCAUUAGCACAUUUUAAUUUUAAUUAAAUUUAGUUGCCUUGUGAAAACUGAUAUUUUUACUGUACAUGACAUGUAAUUGAUCCAAAAACGUUUCUAACUGUGUUCAAUCUAAUAAUUUCCAAUUUAUAUGUUUGUAAUAAAAUGUUAUUUAAUGUGCUACUUAAAGAAAUAUUUUAUUUCAGGCGCGUUCUCAUCAUAGAUAUUUGUUACAUUAUUUCCAUUACAUUGCAUUAUUAAUUAAUAUAGCUG